AUGUUGCUAUUCUCACUGCCAUGUAUAGAGCCUGCUGCUCUAGGUGCUGGUGAGGCUGCUGCUCUAGGUGCUAGUGCGUCGCCUGCUCUAGGUGCUGGUGAGGCUGCUGCUCUAGGUGCUCGUGCGUCUCCUGCUUUGGGUGCUGGUGAGGCUGCUGCUUCAGGUGCUGGUGAGUCUGCCCUCUCUGGUACGUCGCCUGCUGCGACCCUGCACACCUUCACCCUUGACUCAGGAGCUUCCCGCUCCUUCUUUCGCGACUGCACCACACUCACGCCGCUUAGUCGGCCAGUUGCAGUCUCCCUGGCAGACCCCUCUGGGGGUCCAGUCCUUGCCCACUACUCCACAGUGCUGCCGUGUCCGGCCGCCCCGUCUGGCUUGCUGUCAGGUCUCUACCUCCCCUCGUUCUCUACGAACCUGGUGAGUGGAGCUGACCUCCAGGAUGGGGGGGUUGACCAGUUCACUCCUGCGCGUCAGCGAGUGACUCACUGUACGUGUGCUCGGACGGGCCGGCACCUGGCCACGUUCACCCGUGAGCCUGGCUCGAGCCUGUACACCCUGACCACUGAGUCCCCUCAGGUAGCUGCGUCUGCGUCUGCGUCAGGUCAGUUGUCGGCCCCCUGCUCGUGUCGCGCCUUGUCGCACCAGACCCUUCUUUGGCACCACCGCCUUGGUCACCCCUCGGUGCAGCGCCUUCGCAGCAUGCACCGUCGGUACCUUGUCUCUGGUCUUCCCAGGGUUCUCCCUCCCCUCCCACCCUCGCCUGCUCCUCCCUGUCUUCCCUGUGUCGAGGGGCGGCAGCGCGCCGCUCCUCACUCCUCCUCGUUCCCUCCCACAGAGGCUCCCCUGCAGACUCUCCACCUGGACGUGUGGGGCCCAGCCCGCGUCCGUGGACAGGGCCACGAGCGGUACUUCCUGCUGGUCGUCGACGACUACACGCGUUACACCACGGUCUUCCCCUUGCGCACCAAGGGUGAGGUCCCUGAUGUUUUGAUCCCUUGGAUCCGCGCUGCUCGUCUCCAGCUCCGCGAGCGGUUCCAGUCGGACUUUCCUGUCCUGCGUCUGCACUCUGACAGAGGUGGUGAGUUCUCCUCAGACCUCUUGGCAGCCUACUGUGCGGAGCACGGCAUCACCCAGUCGUUCACGCUUCCGGCCUCUCCGCAGCAGAAUGGGGUUGCUGAGCGCCGCAUUGGCUUGGUCAUGGAGGUCGCUCGUACCUCCAUGGUCCAUGCGGCUGCCCCCCAUUUUCUGUGGCCGUUUGCGGUCCGGUACGCCGCGCAUCAGCUCAACCUCUGGCCCCGUGUCUCCUUGCCGGAGACCUCGCCCACACUGCUGUGGACGGGGAAGGUUGGCGAUGCGUCGCGUUUCCGGGUCUGGGGUUUCUCGUGCCUUUGUCCGCGAUACCACCGCGGACAAGCUCUCCGCCCGCGCUGUUCCCUGUGUCUUCCUUGGCUUUGUCCCUGA